UAUGUAGUUUCUCUUUGAGUAGUGUGCGCGGGAAAAGUUAGAAUUAAGUUAGAAGAAGUAGGAGCGAUGGGAAUGGCGCGAACGCGAGAGUAACUCUGUGGGUUUUAUUGAAAGAUUGUCGAUUUUAAUCGUGGUACAUAACAUAUAAAAUACUCGGUUAUGUGACAAGUAGUUUUGGUUUUUACUGUCUUUUCUGGAUUUAAUGUUUGCACUUUUUUAAAAUGUACAAGCGGAGGAUUAAGCGGACAGUGUCUGCCAGUCCUGUGGCAAUUCGUACUCAGAACGUUAAAUCAUCAAAUGAGCUUGACACUUCUGCAAAGAAAUUGGAUUUAGGAGUAGUGUCAGAACCUGAUAAAGAGAACGUAAAUGUUCCAAAGGAACGUAGGGCGGAUCAUCAUUUGCCUGUAAGUCGACAGAAAUCGUGCAAUGCCGUUUUACAAACCGAAGUAUCCCAAAGUUCAGGUACUAAGGCGAGAAAUAUGCGUUUCGCAACGCAAGAUAAACAACAGGUGCCCUACUUCGAAAAAGUCCUUUCGUCAUGUGGAUUUAAUUUGCGUGAUUCCGAAGCAUACGUGCUCUCGGAAGAUCAGACGAUCUUUAUUCAAGACCUUAAAAAUAAAUUGGAAAAAAACUCUAGCUUUCCCUUGAAUGUCACUGGUUCCAAUGGAUUUAUUCCAACACUUGAAGAAUUCUUCAAUGAUACUGAAAAUUUGAAGAAAUCAUUGCAGUUGACCAAGGUG